AUGACAGAGACCAGCAGCACCGCAACGUCUCAGCUAAUCGUGCCUCCGGCUGCACCCUCUAUGCCGGCUGUGCCCCCUCCUGCGUACAGUAGUGGUGCGAGCGACCCGGAGAAAGCAAUAGACCUGGUGCCGGAGGCCAAACGUCUUCCUUCGUACAGCUCGUCAGCAUCGACCCUGGACGAGAAAGCCGACAUCAAGAAGGCCGAGGUCUGGGAGGGCUUCCAGGACGACGAGCUCCCUGACAAGACCCAAGGCCGGCUUGUCAGGAAUGUGCGUUUCCAAAUGCUGUCCCUUUAUCGCAGGUUAUUUGGCAUCGUCUUCUUCACCAACCUGGGCAUCUUCAUCUGGUACUGUGUGAAAGGGGCGAACGCCAGCCAGAUUGCCACGGUAGUCAUCGCGAACCUCUUCGUGUCCAUCCUCAUGCGCCAGGAGUACGUUAUCAAUACUUUCUUCGCCGUGGCAUGUCUUGCACCGAAGAGCUGGCCGCUAUGGAUCCGUCGCAUCCUCGCACGUGUAUACUCUAUUGGAGGAAUUCAUUCAGGGGCCGGUGUUAGCGGGACCGUGUGGUUCAUCCUUUUUGUCGGAAAAGCCACCCGGGAAGUCAUUGACAAGGGCAAGACGAGCGUUCCCACCUUGGCGCUGUCCUAUGUGAUCCUUGCUCUGCUCGUGGGGAUGGUUACGUUCGCCUACCCUGCCUUCCGUGUGAAGUAUCAUGACCAUUUUGAAGCCAUACACCGCCUCGCGGGCUGGACGGCUGUUGCGCUCGUCUGGGCGCAGGUGUUACUUUUGAUCGACGAUUACCGCGCAGAAGACGAGACGCUCGGACACGCUGUCGUGCACUCGGCUCCGUUUUGGCUAGUUGUCGUCUUAACGUGCUCGAUCAUCCUUCCCUGGCUGCGUCUCCGCAAGGUCCCUGUUCGGGCCGAAGUCCUCUCCGACCAUUGCGUCCGAUUUUACUUCGAUUAUGUGAACACGCACCCUGGUCACUUCACCCGGAUGUCGGUGAACCCGCUCUUCGAGUGGCACUCGUUCGCCACUAUCGCUGAGCCCGGCAAGAAGGGCUACUCCGCCGUCAUCUCCCGGGCGGGCGACUGGACAAUCCAACAAAUCAGAAAUCCGCCUGAGAGGAUCUGGAUUCGGGGCAUCCCCUGCUAUGGCGUUGUGCGCGUCACUCCUUUGUUCCGCCGGGUGGUAAUGGUGGCGACUGGCAGUGGCAUCGGCCCGAUUGCGCCCGUGGUGUUCGCCAAGCGCACCGAGAUCCAGCUUCUCUGGACGGCGUCGGCGCACAGGAAGACGUUCGGCGACAAGCUCGUCGACUCCCUCCUUGAGGCCUCGCCGGACACUGUUAUCUAUGACACUCGGGUGCACGGCCGCCCCGACAUGGUCAAACUCACCUACCGCAUGGUCCAGGAGUUCAACGCGGAGGCCGUCGUGAUUAUCGCCAAUCAACCCAUUACUGAGAAAGUCGUCUAUGGGAUGAUGAGCCGAGGCAUCCCUGCUUUCGGUGCCAUCUGGGAUUCCUGA